AACUCCUCCAAUCAAAUGAAAUUUCCCACCACCACAACAACGGCUGCCACCACCAUCGCCGCCGCUGCUGUAUCUCUCUUUCUCCUCUAUUCCACAUUCCUUUCAACUCUCCUUAAAGCAGACUCAACUCAGUCUCAUCCUCAACCUCCCUUCUCAUGCGACUUCAAUUCAAAUAAAAUCACUAAAUCUUACGCAUUCUGCAACCCCAGUUUACCCAUUCUCGAACGAGCAAAAGACCUCGUUUCUCGUCUCACACUCGACGAGAAAAUCUCCCAACUCGUCAACAACGCUUCCGCCAUUCCCCGCCUCGGUAUCCCCCAUUACGAGUGGUGGUCCGAGGCUUUACAUGGAGUUGCCGGUUUCUUCGGUGCUCAACUCUAUGGUUCCAUCCCUUCCGCCACUAGUUUCCCUCAAGUCAUCCUUACUGCUGCCACUUUCGACCCCAAACUCUGGUUUCUCAUUGGCCAGGCUAUAGGGACGGAGGCAAGAGGGAUAUACAAUGCAGGGCAAGCGACGGGGAUGACAUUUUGGGCGCCAAAUAUAAACGUUUUCAGGGAUCCAAGAUGGGGUAGAGGACAAGAGACACCCGGGGAAGAUCCAUUGAUGACUGGGAGAUAUGCGGUUUCGUUUGUAAGGGGUAUACAAGGAGAUUCUUAUGAAGGUGGCAGACUUAAUGACGGUCAUCUUAUGGCUUCAGCUUGUUGCAAGCAUUUUACUGCUUAUGAUUUGGAUAAUUGGAAUGGAUCUGAUCGUUUCUCCUUCAAUGCCAUUGUGAGCAAACAGGAUUUAGCAGAAACCUAUCAGCCUCCAUUUCAGAAAUGCAUACAAGAAGGCAAAUCCAGUGGAAUAAUGUGCGCCUACAAUCAAGUUAACGGAGUCCCUAACUGCGCCGAUUACGACCUUCUUACCAACACUGCUCGGGGUCAAUGGGGAUUUCAAGGGUACAUCACGGCUGAUUGUGAUGCCGUUAAAGUCCUCUAUGAAAACCAACGUUUUGCUAAGACACCUGAAGAUGCAGUCGCUGAUUCCCUUAAAGCAGGCAUGGAUGUUGACUGUGGCUCUUACUUAAAGAACUACACAAAAUCUUCUUUAGAACAGAAGAAAACAAGCAUAUCAGACAUAGACAGAGCUCUACACAACCUCUUCUCCGUCCGAAUGCGUUUAGGACUUUUCAAUGGAAACCCAUCCAAACUUCUUUUCGGAAACAUCACCACCAACAUGAUCUGCACAAAAGAGCACCAAUUAUUAGCACUUGAUGCUGCUAGAAAUGGUAUCGUUCUCUUGAAAAACGACGCAAACACCCUCCCAUUUUCCAAGACUCGAACCACUUCAUUAGCAGUUAUAGGCCCAAAUGCUAACAUCCCUCGAACCAUGCAAGGCAACUACGAGGGGCCUCCUUGUAAAAAGAUAACCCCGUUUAAUGCUUUGAAAGGGUAUGUAAAGAAUACUGUGUACCAUUCCGGUUGUAACGCGGUUAACUGUACUUCUGCGGAUACUUACACGGCUGUGGGAUUAUCAAAGAAGGCUGGUCGUGUGGUUUUGAUAAUGGGAUUGGAUCAGUCUCAGGAAAGGGAAAGUCUUGAUAGGAAGGACUUGGUUCUUCCUGGUUUUCAACAUGAAUUGAUUGAGAGCGUCGCUAAAGCUGCCAAGAGCCCGAUUGUGUUGGUUUUGUUUUGUGGAGGGUCGGUUGAUAUCUCUUUUGCUAAAGUGAAUCCAAAGAUUGGUGCUAUUUUAUGGGCUGGCUAUCCUGGUGAGGCUGGUGGGAUUGCUAUUGCUCAGAUACUCUUUGGUGAUCACAAUCCAGGAGGGAAGUUACCACUUACAUGGUAUCCAAAAGAGUUCAUCAAAGUACCAAUGACAGAUAUGAGGAUGAGACCGGAUCCAUCCUCAGGCUAUCCAGGCCGAACCUACAGAUUCUACGACGGGCCAAAGGUUUACGAGUUUGGCUAUGGUCUAAGCUACACAAAAUACUCAUACAAAUUCACUUCAGUUACCCAAAACACCCUCCUCUUCAAUCAAACUUCAACCAAACAUUUAAAAACAAGUUCAAAUUCAGCUCAACAACCACUGUUGGUUUCAGAGUUGGGGACCGAAAACUGCGAAAGGUCGAAGUUCAAGGCAGUUGUUUCGGUUGAGAAUGUGGGAAAGAUGAGUGGAAGACACCCGGUAUUGCUAUUUGUAAAGCAAGAGAAAGGGGAUGAAAAUAGGGCUGUGAAGCAAUUGGUUGGAUUCGAGAGUGUGGCAUUGAAAGGAGGUGGGAAAAAAGAAGUUGAAUUUGAAUUGAAUCCUUGUGAGCAUUUUGGGAGAGCUAAUGAAGAUGGUUUGAUGGUGAUUGAUGAUGGAUCUCGUUUGUUGGUUGUUGGUGAUCAAAGUUACUCAAUUAAUGUUGUGAUUUGAUCAUUUUGAAGACUAAUUCCAGGUUUAUAUAUAUAAAUAAUAUAGAGAAUUUCAUCCCUUUUGUUGUGGCUUAAGAAGAACUACUACUUGCUGCCUGCCUGAGCAGUUUUUAUCAGACUUUUAAUGAAUUUCUACUUUCAGA